GUUCAUGAGAAUGAAGCAAUUCCACAGAAUCCUGCAGCUGGUUUUGUGAGCUUUGUUUAAUUGUGGAUCUUGGUUCGGAAUCGAAAUUAAUAGGGAAGUGUUGAUAUUUGUGGUUUGGGCGCAAUUUUCCAAAAAAAAAAAAAAUCUGUUGGAGUUUUAUUUCAUACUCCAGACAUCGCUGAACGAAGCGGCUCGUUCAUCGUAUUUUCAACAGAUUAUGUUUUUUUCCCCAACAAACAUAUCUGCGCGCGCGCGUCCGUGUCUGGGUGUAUCUGUGGGGUUGUGGGUGCGAGGAUGGGGCUAACUUGGGUCCUUUAGUGCCCGGCUCUGUUCUAGUGGGCACUAACAUCAAUUCAAUGGACGAAGAAGUCAUACGAUUCUUGCUAGGAAGGCGAGCUGGAGAUCCCACUCUGGAAAAUGUCAUCGCUGAUGUUAAUCCAUUCAAUGAUGAACCAUGGAAUUUUCCUGAAAACAUAUGGUUCUUGUACAAUCCAGGAGGCAGAAUAUCUCCCAAAGGGAACUGUGAAUCAAAGGCAACUAGAUCUGGAUAUUGGAGGCAAACAGGUGAUUGCAGGAUAUUCACAAGUGGAUGCAAUUUUAGUUGGAAAAGAACAUUGGAAUUUUAUAAAGGUAAAUCACCCAUUGGAGAAAGAACUGGGUGGGUGAUGCAUGAAUAUCAUGUAGAAUCAAAUUCAUUGAACGUGCAUAAUUGCUCAAAGGAUCAUAGUUCCUUGUAUAGAGUCUUCCGUCAAAGUGCUAAAUGUGCAAUUGACUGCAAAGAAAAGUAUUCUGCAUAUGCAGAUAAGUUAGUUCGUGAGGAUGUAGACUACAUAUCACCUUUUAGAACAAGAAGAGAGAGAAUUGACUUCGAGGAUUUGCCCCACAAUUCUCAGAUUGUCGCUGAUAAAGAUCAAGGGGAAUCAGCGCCGUCUAGAAGAAGGCCUAAUGAACUUGCAUCCGUGAUUUUUUCUGAAAAUAUGCUUGAUAUUUGUGAUUUUUCAAAUGGAGAAUACUUGGAACUGAAUGAUUUCUAUAGUUCAGACACACAUGCUAGUUCAGAUGAUUCCAGCAUUAUGUCAGAAAAUUCUGAUGAAUUCUUCGAUCCUGUUGCAUUUUUAAUAGAUAUUGAGAAUGAUCAUGGAUUAGGAAAACAAACAGAACGCACAAAAUAUGGCUUUGAUAUUUCUGUACCAGUCAGAUCCCAUCAGGUGUUCAUCGAGCCAUCUCCACCAGUUGGUGAUCUUGUUAUUGAAGAGAACAGUCCAUCCAGUUGUCUGGAUAGAAAUGAACUGACUUCAAACCAGCCAUUACCCUCACCAAGUGACCAACAACAAAAUGUCAAUGCUUCUACAUCUAGCAAAUAUAGUGGCAAAGAGGACGAUCAAACUGCUGAUACCUCACAUAGUCGCAGGACUUCAAAGGGCAUUCAUAUUUCAAAUGGGGGUGGCUCGAAUUCAGUUAGGAAGAUCACAAAGAUAGGGAAAAGAUACUUCUGCUUUGCAUCAUUUUGAUCUUGCCUCUAUUUGAUGUGAUUGACUCUAUAGAUCAAUUAAGCAGUACAAGGGACAAUAUUCUUGUAAUUUGUCAAAUUUAGAUAUUGCUAUGCCCUACAAGUGUAAUGGUAGAAAUAGUUCAUUUGCUU